AUGGAGGAACCCGAAGAAGGAGAUGAAUCAGAGGAAGCCGAGGAGGAGGAUGGUCCAUUUAACGGAGGUGGAGGAGGGCGGGGCCAAGGGGGACAGAAGGGUAAAGGAGGGCGUGGCCAAGGUGGACAGAAAGGGAAAGGAGGGCGUGGGCAAGGGGGAUCCAAGGGCAAAGGAGGACGUGGCCAAGGGGGUCCAAAGGGCAAAGGUGAACCAGGCCAGAGGGGUCCCAACCGUGAUCAAGUCGGUUCCAGGGGCAGAGGACGUCGUCCAGGGGGAUCAAAGGGCAGAGGAGGCCCAGGCCAGACAGGUCCAAAGGGUGGACAAAACCGUAGCCAGGUAGGUUCCAUGAGCCAAGGAGGUCAAGGGGGUCCUAAAGAUAAAGGAGGACGGGGGCGUGGAAAACAGCGCACCAUGGGUCAAGGGGGGCAUGGUCAAUCAGGUUCCAUGGGCCAAGGGGGACGUGGUAAAGGAGAUACUAUGGCCCAGGGGGGACGUGGUAAAGGAGGCCCCAUGGGCCAGGGGGGACGUGGUAAAGGCGGCCCCAUGGGCCAGGGGGGACGUGGUAAAGGAGGUUCCAUGGCCCAGGGUGGACGUGGAAAAACAGGUUCCAUUGGCCAGGGGGGAGGUGAAAAAGCAGGUUCCGUGGGCCAGUGGGAACGUGGUCAGGAAGGUUCCAUAGGCCAGGAGGAACGUGGUAAAGGACGUUCCAUGGCCCAGGGGGGACGCGGUAAAGGAGGCCCCAGGGGCCAAGGGGGACGUGGUAAAGGAGGUCCCAGAGGCCAAGGGGGGCGUGGUAAAGGAGGUCCCAGGGGCCAGGGGGGGCGUGGUAAAGGAGGUCCCAGGGGGACACAAUUCAUACUCCAGAAUCACACGUCGCUACGACCAACGCUUGUACUAGGCGAUAGGACAAGCACGAGGCAGACAAUGGCGAGGCUACACACCCCAUGGGCGCUACUCUGGGGGAUGGCCAUUUGCACCUAUCUCGGAAUGUCGGUAGCCAAACCAUUUGCCGAGCAGAGGACAGGCUAUGGGGAGGCAGAGGGCCGUUCUGAUGGAGCACGAUCAGCCAUGGAAGAAGAAAGGGAGGCUGAAGCAGGUGUUCUCCGUGAUUGGAUCGUUCAACUGGACGAGCGGCUCUUGCAGGCGUUUCCUGAUCAGCAAGACGUCAACAGUCCAGUCGUCGACAGUUUGCGGCAAGACGUAGGAGCGAUGGAGGACACGAAUGAGUAUGGCGACGACCAAGAGGAGCCAUUAGAAGGAAAGCAAUAUUUUGAGGUGGAGGGACGUGAAGAGGAAGAACAAUAUGAGGCAGUAGACCAUGAAAAAAUGCAGAAUGAAGAGGGCGGUGAAAAUGAUCAGGACGAACAAACGGAAGACGAAGCAGAACAAUAUGAGGAAGUGGACUAUGAAGAAGCGACAGAUCUAGAGGGCAGUGAAAAUGAAGAAGAGCAAGACUGGGAAGGAAGCUAUGAAGCAGCUCAGGAUGACAAGGACGGUGAAAAUGAAGAAGACGAAGAAGCUGAGGAUGGGAGAGAGAGAGAUGAGGAAGGCGACAAUGAUGAUGUGGAAGAUGAUGAAGAGGAUGGUAAUACGGAAGUAGGCGAAGAGCAAGACUGGGAAGAGAGCUAUGAAGAAGUUCAGGAUGACGAGGACGGUGAAAAUGAAGAAGACGCAGAGGACAAGGAUGGGGGAGAGAGUGGUGAGGUAGAAGACUAUGAUGCUGUUGAGGAUGAUGAAGAGGAUGUUGAUACGGAAGAGGUCCAAGAGCAAGACUCGGAAGAGAGCUAUGAAGAAGUUCAGGAUGACGAGGACGGUGAAAAUGAAGAAGACGAAGACAACGAUGGGAGAGAGAGAGAAGAGGUAGAAGACAAUGAUGAUGUUGAGGAUGAUGAAGAGGAUGAUGAUACGGAAGAGGUCCAAGAGCAAGACUCGGAAGAGAGCUAUGAAGAAGUUCAGGAUGACGAGGACGGUGAAAAUGAAGAAGACGAAGACAACGAUGGGAGAGAGAUAGAAGAGGUAGAAGACAAUGAUGAUGUGGAGGAUGAUGAAGAGGAUGGUGAUACGGAAGAAGGUCAAGAGCAAGACUGGGAAGAGAGCUAUGAAGAAGUUCAAGAUGACGAGGACGAUGAAAAUGAAGAAGACGGUCAAGAAGACGAGGGAGAACAACACGAGGGAGCAGAAUAUGAAGAAUUUCAAGAUGCAGAAGACUAUUUAAACGAGCUUGGCGAAGAGAACGAAUAUGGAGAAAAACGAGAUGGAGAAGACUUUGAAGAUAGUGAUCUUGGCGAGGAAGAGGAAUAUGGAAAAGAGCAAGAUGGGAAAGUUGGUUAUGAUGGAGAAGAUGACGAAGAAGACGACACAAUUGACCGUCUUAAGUUGCUAACAUGGGCAUUAAGUGGAGAAGAUGACAUAAACGAGCUAGACAAAGAAGACGAAGAACUCAGUGAGGUAAAGAACCAGGAAAGCGAAAUUUAUCAUCUGCGUGAAAAGCGAUCCUUGGUGGAAGGAAAUGGACCCAUUCUGGCAAGUGACUCCGAAGGUAAGAAAGGCAGGAGAAAGGGCAAGAGAAAGGGCAAGGGAAAGCUCAAGGGAAAGACUGUAAGGGCAUAG